AAGAUCACUUUCCUUCUUUCAUUCUCUCUUUCUCUUUCCAUUUUCGUUUCCACCAACGUCAUCGAUCUCCCUUACACGCUCCAUCUCUGCCGGAGACUUUUUGCCGAUUAUCACUCUCCGUUCUCUCUCCUUCCGAUUCCAGAUUCCAAUCUUCCUUCCUUUGUGAUUUCUUUCAAAAGCCCUUAACUUUUUUGUUUCUCAUUCCUGAUUUCGUUUCUGAAUCUGGAAAUUUUUUCCUGGAUUCUUCCCAAAUUUCAAGACUUUGAUUCUGUGUAAGAUUUUUGUCCGAAGGGAAUCAAUCAAAGAUCUCAUCUUUUUUUUUUUGGGAUCCUUGUCUUGUUGAUGGGCACAACUAGGGUUUGCUCGGAGGUUUCUUCUGGAUCUUCGAAAUCGCUUAGCCAAUCUCUCACGGUAUCGACGUCUACCACAGAAACCGUCAAUGGUUUCCAUGAAUUCAAGAUCUGCGGAUACUCUCUCGCUAAAGGUGUUGGUGUUGGCAAAUACGUCGCUUCCGAUACGUUUAUGGUCGGUGGUUACUCGUGGGCAAUCUACUUUUACCCAGAUGGGAAGAGUCCGGAGGAUAACUCGUCUUACGUUUCUUUGUUCAUAGCUCUUGCUAGCGAAGGAGCUGAUGUGAGGGCUUUGUUCGAGCUCACGCUUGUGGAUCAGAGUGGUAAUGGGAAGCAUAAGGUUCAUAGCCAUUUUGGUAGAGCACUCGAGAGCGGACCAUAUACUCUCAAGUAUCGAGGAAGCAUGUGGGGAUACAAGCGGUUUUUCAGAAGGUCCAGUCUAGAAUCGUCGGAUUAUUUGAAGGAAAAUAGUCUCUUGGUUAGGUGCCGUGUGGGUGUGGUGAAGUCAGUUACAGAGGGACCGAGGUAUUACAAUAUCCCUGUGCCAGUCUCUAACUUGGGACAACAGUUGGGAAAUCUUUUGGAAAGUGGGAAAGGCUGUGAUGUUAUUUUCCAACUUGAUGGAGAAACAUUCAACGCACACAAAUUGGUUCUUGCGACGCGUUCCCCGGUUUUCAAGGCACAGCUUUUUGGCCCUUUAGGAGACCGAAAUACGAAAUGCAUAACGAUAGAAGACAUGGAAGCACCCAUUUUCAAGGUCUCCCCUUUAACCCUCUUUCUGGGAAUACAUCUGAUUGUCUAUUCACGGAUGUACCAUCCGGGAUCUCCUCGGGCGCUACUCCUGUUCUCGAGUUUACUCACCCGGGAUAAGGUAUUGCUCCAUUUUAUCUACUGGGACGAAUUGCCUGAUAUGCAAGAGUUAAUGGGCACGGACUCUACAUUGGCGUCUACUCUUGUGGCUCAGCAUCUGCUUGCAGCGGCAGACCGUUAUGCUCUUGAGCGGCUUAAAGCUAUCUGUGAGUCAAAACUCUGUGAAGGGGUCGCCGUAAACACGGUUGCAACUACCUUGGCACUAGCAGAGCAGCAUCAUUGUUUCCAGCUAAAAGCAGUUUGUCUCAAAUUUGUGGCACUGCCAGAGAACCUGAAAGAUGUGAUGCAAACAGAUGGGUUUGAUUAUCUGAAAGAGAGUUGCCCAUCUUUACUAACGGAGCUAUUGGAGUAUGUGGCGAGGCUGAGUGAACACUCUGUUAUAGCAUCUGGACAUCGGAAAGAAAUAUUUGCCGACGGUUGUGAUGCGAGUGGUAGACGAGUGAAGCCCCGGUUGCACUGAAUGGGAGAGAGAAGAAAGAUUUGUGCAUUGUAUAAUCUCUGUUAUGGAUAAUGGCUGAUCUAAUCGGAUCUAGCAAGUACAAUGAAUUAUUUUCAAUGCGUUUUUUUCACAAAUCAAA